AUGAGGAGCGUUGCGCAGCAUGCACUGUGGGCUCUGUGGGACGCCCGCGUUGCAUUCGGUGGAUCAGGCGAGAUUGAUCGUGCACAAGUACUGCUUUGGGAAUCUGUGCCCGGAGACGAAGUUGCCGUGAGCGAGUCAAUUAUGUCGGGCGGUUUGGAAGCUUUCCAGCUGAAGGAGGACGAUGCGAUGAAGCUGUUGGUCUGUCAGGUGCAUAUCGGCGCCACAAACUGCGACUUUCAGAUGGAGCAGUACGUAUGGAAAAGACGAGCCGAUGGAACUCACAUAAUUAAUAUUCGCAUGACCUGGGAGAAGCUGCUGCUUGCUGCACGUGCCAUUGCGGCUAUCGACAAUCCGGCGGAUGUGUGUGUUGUUUCGGCACGCCCGUACGCGCAGCGUGCUCUGCUCAAGUUCGCAGCUCACACUGGCGCCACGCCAAUCUUCGGGCGAUUCACACCGGGUUGUCUGACAAAUCAGAUCCAGAAGCAGUUCAAGGAACCACGUCUGUUGAUCGUUUCUGAUCCACGCGUUGAUCAUCAAGCAGUUACGGAAGCGUCCUAUGUUGGUGUGCCAGUUAUCAGCUUCUGCAACACGGAUUCGCCACUGAAAUUCGUUGACAUCGCUAUACCAUGCAACAACAAGGGUGCGCAGGCAAUAGGCCUGAUGUGGUGGUUGCUUGCACGCGAGGUUCUGCUGAUUAAGGGCAAAAUGACGCGACAGACCGGCUUUGUGCUCGACGACAAGGAAAUAAUGCCCGAUCUGUAUUUCUACCGUGACCCAGAAGAGCAGGAGAAGGAGGAAUUGGCUGAGCCUCGUGAAGUGAAAGAGCCAUGGCCUGGAGUUGCGGUGCCGGAAGUCCCGAGAGUUGAAGAGGUUGUAAGAUCCGUUGGAAUGGUAUAA